AUGGAAGCUCUAAAACAGCAUAAUAAGCUUUGGUCAAUAGAGGCAAUGGUUCUUCAUGACUAUCUUGAAGUUCCUGUAAGUCGAGCAGUUUAUGAGGCUGUUACUGGGGCAGCUCUUUCUCCACAGUCUCCAACAACGCACUUCAAUGGCUCAGACAGAAGUUCUGAUACCAGUAGCUCACCUAGUAGCACUCCAAAGGUGAGUCGUUCACCAUCAACAUCCAGUGGUCUGCACGAUUGUUCUGAAACCAGUCCGAAUGACUUCCUCUCCAAAAUAGACUCUAACAUCGCUCUCAUGAAGUCAAGUAUUGAGAGAAUGGAGACCCAUGCAUACCCAGUAUUGGACAGAAUGGAAGUGGAUGACUCUGGCUGUAGCAAUGACCGGCGCUCUUACCAUUCUAAGGUACGUGACAGCAUAUAUCAAAAUGGAUGGCAUGAUCCCACAUCAGCACCUCAUCCAGUUGUCACCCAGGGACGCACCAUUACAAUGUCUCUUAAGAGACUACUUCGUGAACAUGAAGAACUGUACGAAUUAUAGCAUUUCUUUAUUUUAAUUCUUAAUACUACUGUAUACUGUAAUUGUAAUUUGAGGCCACAAACAGUAAGGGGUAAAAGCAAAUGUUUCUCAAGGUAGAGUGACUAUUUUGUUAAAAUGUUAUACAUUUGACAGGAGUAUUGUCCAUGUUUAUCCAUAAAUCUUGUUAUAAUUUGUGUGCACGUAAAACGCAUAAUUGUUUGUACAGAAUUUUCAUA